AUGCCUGCAACUGAAACCUUCCACGGAUUUAUCGAAACUACAACUGACACCCUGCUGAUCUUUGAAGCAUGUCGCAGAGGUAUCCUACCAAAGAUCAAUCGCCGACUCCAAGAACGUGAACGAGGUGCUGUCAAAUCAGGCACUGUAUAUGUUUUUGACGAACGUGAAUCAGGUAUUAAACGUUGGACCGAUGGUUAUGUAUGGAGCCCAUCCCGCAUUCUUGGCAACUUUUUGAUUUAUCGUGAAUUGGAUGGGCGUGAUUCUGUACAAGAUCGCCGACGGCCUAUGAACUAUAAUAGCUUCAAUGGUGGAUAUCGUCAACAACAACAUCAUCAGCCUUAUCCUCCUCCACCACAGCUACUCAAUGAUGCAGAUCCCACUGAAGAGCUUGAUGGCGUUGAUCGAAACCGUGAACGCGCAUUAGUAGGAUCAUUGACUACUUCCUACAACUUUAAGAAGGGAGGUCUUAUCAAGAAGACCAUGAGCGUGGUGGUGAAUGGAUCCGCUCAGCAUUUGAUCAGCUAUUAUACCAAGGAAGAUGUAUUGAACCACCGCUUAUCAACACCAUCCUCAAUUCCUGAACUUGCAUCACUCGAGAUCUCACCCGAAUUGUUAAUGCGACAAAGCUUUCGUGUGCCACCUAUGGCAGAGCAUGUUGAGGUGCUGGAUCACCCAUAUCACCAAACAACCAAGAAAUUUGCAGGCGCGUUGCCAUCCCCAGCUCCUUACUCCCUUAUUCCAUCGUCCCAAAGACGACGUGCUUCAGAAGCGUUUCCAGUCUCGAGACCAAAAACAUCACGCACUGGGAGUUUGGAUAGCCCUGCAACCACGGCACGACAUCACAUGUACAUGGAACCUUUUGGCCAUCCUGGUUAUGCACAACAUCAUCAAUCACCACCUGUGCACCCGCAUCAUGAACAACAACAGCAUGAUGGUACUAUGAAUCAUGCAGCAGCUGUCACUGCAACUACUACAGCUGCUAACAAUACUCCUCGAAGUGUGCAUGACAUGUCAACAUCGCCACCUUGUACAGCUGCUGGUGGCAUGAUGAAGUAUAGCAAUGCUCCUAUGGUACCGUUUCAUGCAACCAUGUCACCACCACCAUUCAUGGAAUCUAGACCACCCAUAUCCACGGGUAUGGCUCGACAUGAUAUUGUUACUGAAUCACCACCACCAUCUCCAUUCUAUGGUCGACCUAGAAAAUCAUCCAUGGAAGGAUCACCAAUUAUGUGGCAACAACAGCAACACCAACAAUAUCAGCAUCCAGCUGCAGCAGCAACAAGGUCAAUGAAUACCAAUCCCACUAAGCCUGUUGUUGAGCAAUACCGAUCGCCUCUUUCCAUGUCAACGACACACAGCGGGUAUUAUCCUACACCCCUACCAACAGGUGCAAAUAAAUACAAUAUGGAGCAACAUCAUCAGCUACAGCCUAUCACUUCCCCAGCUGGUCCUCCACCAAAUGAAGCCAACAUACCAAGUGCUUUUCCCAUGAUGGCGUCUACUACUACAAAGAACCAUUACCAUCAUUCAAUGAUGCCCGCACAUCAUCAACCACCGCCACCACCACCACCAGCUCCACAACACCAUCAAGCUGAGGUGCAGUACUAUUAA